UGAUCUUCUUACUCCUUACAGUCAACUACUAAUGUGUUCAACGAUCAUCACCGCGCCAGUUGAUUAAUCCUAUCGUCGCCAUGUCUCUCCGUAAAACCCUAACCGCAUUAAACCGACCUUCUUCGCCGCCGGAUUCCUCAAUCUCCGCCGUCAAAACCGAAUCUUUAGAGACCUCUGGUCCUUCCUCUUCAAAGAUCACAUUUCGACCCCGUAAAAUCCGGAAAGUUUCGCCGGCGACGGUCACCGCGUCUCCUCUGUCUUCGAAAUCAACGGUCGAUGCGGCGCUCCGCCACCUACGAAUCUCCGACGAGCUUCUGGGAGCCGUAAUCUCCGCUCACAGCACCACUCCCCCGGUGUUCGAAUCAACCAGCACGCCGUUCCUCUCCCUGGCGAGAUCCAUCCUCUACCAGCAGCUCGCCACCAAAGCAGCCAAGUGCAUCUACGACCGCUUCGUCUCCCUCUUCCGCGGCGGCGAACCGGCCGUUCUCCCCGAGUCCGUAACCUCGAUCUCCGCCGUCGACCUCCGCGAGAUCGGCGUCUCCGGGAGAAAAGCGAGCUACCUCCACGACCUAGCCGGAAAAUACGAAGCCGGCGUGCUCUCAGACGAGAUGAUCCUCGGGAUGAGCGACGAGGAGUUGGUGGAGCGGUUAACUUCGGUUAAGGGGAUUGGAGUGUGGACGGUUCACAUGUUCAUGAUGUUCUCGCUUCACAGGCCUGAUGUGUUGCCUGUGGGUGAUCUCGGUGUGAGGAAAGGCGUGAGAGAUCUUUACGGUUUGAAAAACCUUCCCGGUCCGUUGCAGAUGGAGCAGCUUUGUGAGAAGUGGAGGCCUUAUAGGUCCGUUGGUUCGUGGUACAUGUGGAGGCUCAUCGAGUCUAACAAGACUUCUAAGACCAAGUUGUCUAAAUAGCAACAAGAACUGACCCACUUGUUCUUGAUCGGCCCGGACAUCUAAUCUGAUCCUGUGACGUAGAAGUUAUUCCACCCCCACCACUUUGUUGUUGUUAUCUCUUCCCUUCUCUUCCAAGCUUCAUUUGCUGGUAAAUCUCGAGUUUGCAAAUUAGAGCACGUGAGAAAAGUUUACAUUUGUACUUUUAGCCUUUAUUCCAUUAUGUGAUGGUUGGUGGGAUCACAGUAUGUAUCAAAUCUAGUUUCAAUUUGCUUGGGUUCAAUGCUGUGGUUCAAUGUAACAUUGCUGGGCUUGGGCUAAUCUACCAGCUGGCCCAAUUAAAGUAAUCAGAGAGCUUAGAUCUGA